AUCUUGUUUUCUUGUGCGAUUUCUGUGAGACACCUUGGCAAUAAUUUUUAAUCCAAAAAAUAAAAUGCAUUUCCUCAAAGUUGUAUUUCAAUAAUUGUUAAAAAUUAUAUUCAGUACCAAUAAAUAAUAUUUCAGUAUUAGCAAGUAGCUAAAGUUUAUAAAUUUUGCAAUAAACGAAAUACUAUAUUAUUUUUUUUAUUUGGUAAACUAACAAGUUAAGGAUUAAAACCAAUCUUGUAUUUUUAUUUGAAACGAGAUGUCGAUGAAUAAUCUAACAGUAGAUGGAGAAUUCCGCUAUAUAAUCCAAUGGUUCAAUGAAUGGAGUGAAUUGCAACGUGAUGACUUUGUUCCAAUUCUUGUUGAUUACUUGACCCGUGAGUCUUCCGGGGUCUACGUAAAUGGAGUUGUUAGCGGUUUGGCAAAUGCCGAAGUAAUUGACAAACCAAUGAGUCUAUUUCAAUGCAGGAUUAAACUCUUUAAAGAAUGGUCUCCAAAGUGGCCAGAGGAAAUGAAAAAUAGACUCAAGGAAAAAAUAAUCGAAAUGGACUCAAAAGUAGCUGAAAAGAUUAUUUGUGAAUUAAAAUCAGCAUCCGGUGUUGAAGUAACAACAAAUGGCAUUUCACAACCCGAAGAAUCAGCCGAGCUUGCUAAUGGCAACAACGAAAACGUUGAAGAGCCCAACGAAGAAGCCGAAGUUCAUGAAUAUGUUUCUCCGCCAAUAGUUGCCAACGAAGAAGUUCCUCCAGUUGCUUGAAUAUAAUCAAAAUUUGUUUUCUGAGCCACACACAAACAAAAAAUUAAUAUAAAAUUAAAUACAUUCCCUGAAAUUAUUUAUAUAUCAUAAAUAUUAUUUAAUAGAUUUUGUUUUAUACUACAUUAUUAUAUGAAAGAUAUUUAUUAACUUUUUUUUAUACAACGCACAUUGCAAUAUUUAACAAAGGAAAUAUCAUAAUAUUAACUAUGUGGGAAGGGUUCAAUUCAAUUUAAUUUGCAUAUUUAUUUUAUUUAUAUGAAAUAAUUAUUUUAACAUUCAAUAACGAAUACAUAACAUUCCAUAAAUUUUGCUCACUAGUUUUAGAAAAUACAUUUUUUUUUAUUUGAUAUUAUUUUGUUAAGAUACAAAUUAAAGACGAAGAUCAAAUGAAAAUUAUCUCGAAAUACAAAAGACCAUACAAAAACAAGACUUUUUACGAAUAUAAGUUCAAAGAACAAAGUUUCAUUACAUUUGUUAUAUAAAAACAAAAUUUAACUGAAAUAAAAGUUUAAUUUUUAUAUUGUGGACAAAAUUAAAAU